AAAUUAAUGCAGAAAGGAGUAGAAGUGAGGUGAGCAGACAGCUAAUAGGAGCAUCGAAAGCUAGUGAAUUACUUGGGUAAACUGUGGCAAACAAUAUAUGGCUCUCUUUGCUUGUUGUGUCUUCCCUCUUCGUCUGUUAAAGUCAAACUCAGAUCCAAGUCUUCCCUAUUGUCUCUUCUCCAGAAAGAAAGGGGCCAGUUUGGGAUUUCAGAAGCUUAAAACCAGAAGAUUACACAGGACUAAAGUUGUACAUUUUGCAAUGUUUUCAGAAAAUCCGGUCAUCGGAGAUUUAGUCGCCACUGCAAUAUCCGGUGGUAUUGCCCUUUCCAUGCUUCGAUUGUGGGAAGAAACAGCCAAGAGAGGGGUUUUCGAUCAGAAAAGGAACAGAAAGCUUGUUCAUAUUAGCAUUGGGCUGGUCUUCAUGCUCUGCUGGCCAAUGUUCAGCUCUGGCCAACAGGGAGCAAUUCUAGCAGCUCUUAUUCCUGGUCUAAACAUAAUAAAAAUGCUUCUUUUGGGACUAGGAAUAUGGAAAGAUGAUGCAACUGUCAAGUCUAUGAGCCGAUUUGGAGACCACAGGGAGCUUCUCAAGGGACCACUGUACUAUGCCCUUUCAAUCACUUAUGCUUGUUCUGUAUAUUGGAGAUAUUCUCCUAUUUCAAUUGGAAUAAUUUGCAACCUAUGUGCUGGUGAUGGUUUUGCUGACAUUGUUGGCAGGAGGUUUGGAAAACAGAAACUCCCAUACAAUAAAAACAAAUCAUUUGCUGGUACUAUUGCAAUGGCAACUGCUGGCUUCGUAGCAUCCAUUGGAUUCUUGCACUAUUUCUCCUUGUUUGGGUAUAUUCAGGUGAGCUCCAAGAUGGUCUUAGUGUUCUUGUUUAUGUCGCUUGCUGCAGCACUGGUUGAAUCCCAUCCUCUAAGCAGUGAACUCGAUGACAACUUAACAGUUCCCUUAACCUCAAUGCUGGUAGGCAGUCUUGUUUUAUGAUAUCAGAUUUAGCCUGAGAUGGAUGAACUGUCAAACUUAGAAAUGCUAAUGGAAAAUGGGUAUUGUGUUAGUCUAACACUGGAUUGUGUAUCAUUAAGUCUGGAGUCUGCAUUACACAAAACUUGUUAGUUUUUAUUGUUGCAUUAUUAAAUAACAGAGUGAAAGUAUUCUAA